AUGAUAUUGAAGUAUACAAUAUGUAUCUUAUUUAUAAAGACAAUAGCAUCUCAAGUGCUCUACGAUGCAUAUUUUGGAAAACCAUUGACUGAGGACAGGAUUAAUACUCUGACGUUACUUAAUGCGACCAGUCCAUGCAUGAUAUCGGUGCAGCCGUGCAAGAAGCACGAGGGUCGGCGCGUGGACGGCACCUGCGUCAACCCCAAGUACCCGUCCAGGAACGGCUCCCCCACCCCCUUUCUCAGGAUGCUGCCUGCCAAAUUUGGAGCAGGUAACACACUAAGACCGAUGAUGAACGGAUCAGAACUGCCGUCAGCUCGUCUCAUCCGCACGAAGAUCCUGACUGAGGGGUACCAUACUGAUCACCAUUUUAGUUAUCUUCUGUCCAUAUUUCUUCUUGGCGCUCUUGGCGACUCCAUAGAUUUACGGUACACAGAGGCGUCGAAGUGCGCCUAUGACUAUGGUGACACUUACAAUUUGAACCUCAUAUCGGGAGGGGUUCUCGUAUCCCUGAUAUCGUAUCGAGAGCAUAACAGGCUUGCCCGCAAGCUGUCUGAGAUCAAUCCGUGUUGGGACGACCAGAAACUCUUCGAGACUGCCAGGGAGAUCCAUAUUGCCAGAUGGCAGUUCAUUUUGUAUUACGAAUUGAUGUCUUUGGUACUUGGGACAAAGAAUUUGUUAGAAGUUGGCGUAAUAUAUGACACUGACGGUUACGUGAACGAUUUUGACGAGAGAUUCAAACCUGGUGUUUUCCACGAGUACGCCCUGGGCAUCCGGUACUUCCACACUAUCCAGGAUGGGAGAUCCGACUUAUAUGACAACAAAGGAAAAUAUCUGGGAACGCGUACUGGUGUGGACGAUAUUUUACGAGCCGGCAUUUACGAACUCAACAACACUGAAGCUGAUCUCACCCAGGGAUCGUUCCGGCAGGCGGCUGCUGGGUUUGACAAGAACAUGGAUCCCGAUCUUGUGGAGCGUGUUUUCGGAAGUUACCAAAGAGCUUCGGAUGUGUCUGCUAUAGACAUCAACAGAGGUCGUGACCACGGCGUGCCCCCCUACAACGCCUACAGGAGACUCUGCGGGCUGCCCGUCGCCCGCAGGUGGGAGGACUUCAAGGAGAUAAGAGAGGACAGAGUGGAGCAGCUCAAACGUCUUUACGGUGACGUGGACGAAGUAGAACUGAUGCCGGCCAUAUACAGCGAGAGCCAUAUGAAAGGAGCAUUCGUGGGCCCCACGCUGUUCUGCAUCAUGAGCCGAACUCUACUGCAGUGGAGGAAGUCCGACAGGCAUUUCUUUGAGCAUGGAGACUUGCCGACCUCUUUGACCUUACCCCAACUUAAUGAAAUCAGAAAAUCCAGUGUGGCGCGUCUGAUGUGUGACAGUGGAGUUAGUGUCACCAAAAUACAGCGACAGGCUUUGCUCAAUGCUGAUGAAAACAACCCAAUGGUUUCGUGCGAGGAAAUCCCUGGUAUUGACCUGGAAAAAUGGAAGGACAACAAAUGCUAUAAAGAAGAUCAAACAAAUAAUGAUGUCCACGCCGCUGUUAAUGGAAAAUAUGAUUUGAGCUAUCCGGAAGAUAUUUGGAGUUCAUAUGUUCAAAAGAAAUGA